UUCUGGAGGAACCAAAUUAGGAAAUGACGUCCAGCAUACAGUACGGUACACAGCAAUGGAUGCAAAUAGAACACUCCAAUCCUGACAACGCGACGGUGGUGGGACGACGUGGCAUAGGGUCUUUUAGGGCCAGGAGCUGACAGAGGACUAGGAUGGGUGACACAUCAGGAGAGACAAAUUUCUACUCCAACGCAGAGGACUACUGGAAGGAAGUUCCGCCUACGGUGGAUGGCAUGCUGGGAGGCUAUGGGAGAAUUUCCAGCAUCGAUAUAAAUGGAUCCAGGGCUUUCCUUGGCAAAUUCCUUGGCGAAGGGGAGGGGAAGACAAAUGCGGGCUGCGCUCUGGACUGCGGUGCAGGUAUCGGGAGGAUCUCCAAGCGUCUGCUGCUGCCGCUCUUCAAAACCGUGGACUUGGUGGACGUGACGCAGGAAUUUCUGGACAAAGCGAAGACGUACCUGGGAGCCGAUGGCAAGCGAGUGGGAAACUACUUCUGUAGCGGCCUGCAGGACUUUGUACCAGAGAGUGGACGCUAUGAUGUCAUCUGGAUCCAGUGGGUCAUUGGCCACCUGACCGAUAACCAUUUGGUGGAGUUCUUACGGCGCUGUCAAAAAGCCUUGCGACCCAAUGGCUUCAUUGUCAUUAAGGACAAUGUUUCAUACGAAGGAGUGGUCCCGGAUGAGGUCGACAGUAGUGUAUGUCGAGACCUGGAGAUAGUCCGUAGCCUGGUGAGCAGAGCGGGUUUGAGAAUCAUCUACGAGGAGCAACAGCUAAACUUCCCAAAGGAGAUCUACCAGGUCCACAGUCUGGCACUGCGAUAAGAAAUGGACUGACAUUUGUAGAGUGCCAUUUCUGAUAUUUAACAUGCUGUUUCUAGUUACAUCCUGACAGAUUUGCAUUUGUUGAAGCAUUUGUAUGUUUUGACCAUUGAGGGGGUCUGUCUCAUCUUCUUUAACUGAAACUUUGUUCCAGGUCUUAGCCUGGAACAAAUGUUCAAAAAUAAGUUGUCAUUAUAACUUGACACUAAAGGACAUGAAGCUCCUUCUGUUACACACUGUACCAACUUGUUUGCCACAGUUGUAGGUAACCACCUCAGGUUGGUGGGUGUUGACUUUCAUUACAAAUUCGACUGCCUGUCAUCACUACUACUUCCUGAAAGAUGUGAACAAUUUUAUAAUUCACUAAGUGGAGGUUUGUGAUCAAUCCUUGAAUUGUCCUUUUUUUUUUUUAGAACGGGAAAUGUUUUUCACAAGCUCAUACAAAGGUAUAAUUGAAAUUUAAAAAAAAUGUUUCUCAUACUUUUCUACUUUGUGUUAAAUAUUGUAGAAGUAAAAAUGAUCUCACUGAAUUAUUGACAUUGCCACUGUAACAUGCGACAUGGGCUUUUUAGAAAAAGCCAAUAGAAAAUGACCAACAUCAUGAUGAGCAAUAUACCCACGAGUUCAGAACAAUAAUCAAGAUCUUGUCUUACUUUAAAAAAAAAAAAACCUCACACCAUAGUUGAUCAAGAUCAUUUAGGAUAAAAUUGUACUUGAUAAUUGAAUCAACAAUUCCGCUACCAAGUGCUGGACUGCA